GGAAGGAACGUUGAGGGAGCCGCCCACGUGGCGCUACUGCUGCUGCUGUUGCUGCUGCCAGGGCUGCCAUGGAGGGCUGCUGGCGCUGCGUGGUUUGCGGGAAGGCGGGCAGGAAUGCCGCCAAGUACCGCUGCCCGGGCUGCAGGGAGAGAUACUGCUCCUUGCCUUGCUACAAGAAGCACAAAGAGCUGUGUAUUUCCAGAGGAGAGCCGCCUUCGCCGUCUGCAAAUAGAGAUGCUUCCAAAGAUGCUCAGAGAGGAGGAUCGUUCAAUGCCGAAGGAAGCCCUUGGACCGUGGACGACAUCUUGACCGAAGACGACGAAGGUGACAAGGUGCCUCUCCACAAACUUCAGCUCUUAGGGGAAUCGGAAGAGCUCAAAGACAUCCUUCUCAACCCUCACCUUCGCCAGUUGCUUGCGAACGUCGACCGAGCCGAAGACAAGAGCUCCCUCCUCCGGAAGUACAUGCAGGAGCCACUCUUUGUGGAGUUUGCAGACUGUUGCUUGCGGGUUGUCGAGCCGCCGGAGGAGGAGAAUGAAGAUGUAGAGUGAGAUUUGCCAUGGGGCAAGGUCGGGUUUGCGUGGCGGCUUUGGCAUGGCGAUCCAGAAGUACGUCCCUCGUGUAAACGCUGGCAUCCCUGUCCUUUCAGAGAGUCAAAGGCCGCUCCCAGUAGACACUGGAUCUGGAUUUGAGGAACUGAGUUUUGGUGCACUGUUCAUCAAUGCUGCCUUCUUUUAUUUUUUAGGGUGCAGGUUAGACUCCUGUAUCACCUGCUUAGUUGAAUACCGUUACCUAGAUUUACUCAUCUGUAACUGUUUUGUACUCGCACUACUGAGUACUGAGUUUCAUACUCACACUACUGGAGCCAGAGAUCCAAAUGGAAUCAAAACAGAACAGCCACAUGUGUAAUAAAAUACUUAUUCUUUA